AUGGAUUACAAAAUAUCCAUUGAAGACGAACUAAAUCAGCAUCUGAUAGAUGGCACUCAGUUUGGCUCUAUAAAUGAUGACAUUGAAAGAGAGGACAAAAAGGACGAAGAAGGUUCGGAGAGACAAACAAUGCUUGAGACUCAGAAUAAUUAGUAGAUCGAAUCUAUUGAGACUCUAACCAUAAAUAAAGAAAGUAGAGGUCAUCCUCAGUACUUGCAGCCCAGAUAUGAUUUCACAUUCCAGAUUGUAUUAUAUGGCGGUAUAGCCUAUGUGAUGGCUUACCUCAUCAUUGCUGUUGUGAUGAAUAUAGUGUUGGUUUCCUCAGGAGAUUUCAGCGUGCUUUCAACAGGCUUGACUUCAUGUCCUAAGUAUUUACUUGGAAUUUUCGUAGCUGUUGAAACCUUCCCCCCUAUCGGCUUCUUAGCGAGUUAUUUGUUGAUGGAGUACAUCACUCGCAGAUUGCAUGCUAAUGUCAACAUCUAUACUUUUAAUAGCAAUCGCUGGAGAGUCAAGCUGAUUAGCUUCUCAUCCAAAUGGGUUAAAGGCGGAUUUAUGAUCUUUGAUAUCAUUCAGAUAGGAAUAUCAAUUGCGACAAAAAUAGCAAUAGACUACAGUCCUAAUGAUACGCUCUUAUGCAAAGAUGAAGUGGGUACUUUUUAUGUGAUCGCCUACAUAAUGAUGGUAGUGGGCUUUUUAUGCAUAGUGCGUUUGCUUUAUCUGAUAUUCCCUCACUGCAUUGGCUACAUGUACUUUAGCUAUAAGCAACAUUAAGAUACCUUAUUGCUCAAACGGGUCACGCAAGAUCUCAAUGUAUAUACUUAUUAGGAAUACUUCCGACAAAAAAAGUUUAUGAGCUGUAAAAUCUGUCACAAAGAGUUCAAUGAAAAUGAAAAGAUUGUAGAGCUUAGCUGCUAAAACAAACACAUUUAGCACAAGGACUGUGCUGACACCUGGUUUAAUACACAGUAUCAUUUGAACUGCCCCAACUGUCUGGAAUUUAUGUAUCCAAGAAAAGUUACGUUUGAGAUAAAGAGAAUAGUAUCUACCAAAAACACUUACCUAGCCCCGAGAUCAAACCAUGACUUCAAUAUUAAACGCUACUUGAGAUUUUUCUAUUUCUGGCCUAGCAUCAUUUACGUCUGCAUCAACAUUGCAGCUUUUGAGGUUGGUUUCUAAAUAAUUGAUGUGGAUAGCUUGCCGAAUCUUAAACCAAUCUUUGUAGUUUCAACCAUUGCAUGCUUUGCCCCCAUCUUCAAUAUGCUCUUGUCCAUUAUGAUGUAUUGGAACACCUUCAGAGGUAACAUGCUUUACUCCAGACAGUAUCUCUACUCUAACGGCAAGUGCCAAAUGAGGUUAACUUCGCUGAAGAGCAGAAUCAAUUAUUUGGUGAUUGCAGCGAUUGACUUAGUCCAGAUUGCGCUGUCUCUGAUAUCCUUAAUUUACGCACAAAUAUAUGCAGAAGACUUGGCUUAUCUCAAAGACAAGUUUUCUUUUGGCUACGGCUAUUUCAUAUUUCAGAUCACUGUGGGAGUCGCCUGCAUUAUUAGAUUAAGUUUCCUAGUCUUUCCUCAUAUUAUUGGCCACAGUUAUUAUUAAUGGAGAGAGAUUAGAGAUGAUGAACAGCAUAAGAAAUCCAUGAGCAAGAAUCUGUUAUAGUAUCAGUACAGAGAGAUUAUUCAGGAUAUAAAAGCACAUGAUGCCUAUAAAUUGGAUAACGAUUCUGUCAAUUUCUUCAGAUGCAAGGUCUGUGCUAGGACCUUUGAAGACUAUGAAGAUAUAGUUGAACUAGUGUGCAACGGAGAGCACAUCAUUCAUAAGGGCUGUGCUGAUUAAUGGUUUAAUGUUCAGAAGCAUAUUAAUUGUCCAGUUUGCUUGGAAUUUAUACUGACUCAAUAACGAAAACCACUAAACUUAUCUAGGACCCCUGGAAAUAGUCACUAUCUAAAGUGA